AUGGAUCCCCGAGCCGCACGCGCCCCGGCGCUGAGGCUCCUCGCGCUGGGCGCGUUGCUGUGGCCCGCGGCGCGCGCCUGGGAGCUCACCAUCCUGCACACCAACGACGUACACAGCCGCCUGGAGCAGACGAGCGAGGACUCGAGCAAGUGUGUCAACGCCAGCCGCUGCGUGGGCGGCGUGGCACGGCUUGCCACCAAGGUGCACCAGAUCCGCCGCGCCGAGCCCCACGUGCUGCUGCUCGACGCCGGCGACCAGUACCAGGGCACCAUCUGGUUCACCGUGUACAAGGGCACCGAGGUGGCGCACUUCAUGAACGCCCUGCGCUAUGAUGCCAUGGCACUGGGAAAUCACGAAUUUGAUAAUGGUGUGGAAGGCCUGAUUGAUCCACUACUCAAAAAGGUCAAUUUUUCAAUUCUGAGCGCAAACAUUAAAGCCAAGGGGCCUCUAGCGUCUAAAAUUUCAGGACUUUAUUCACCAUAUAAAAUUCUUCCAGUUGGUAAUGAAGUUGUGGGGAUUGUUGGAUACACUUCAAAGGAAACCCCUUUCCUCUCAAAUCCAGGAACGAAUUUAGUAUUCGAAGAUGAAAUCGCUGCAUUGCAACCUGAAGUAGAUAAGUUAAAAACUCUAAACGUGAACAAAAUUAUUGCACUGGGACACUCUGGUUUUGAAGUGGAUAAACUCAUUGCUCAGAAAGUGAAGGGCGUGGAUGUGGUGGUGGGAGGACAUUCCAACACGUUUCUCUACACAGGCAAUCCACCUUCCAAAGAGGUGCCAGCAGGGCAGUACCCAUUCAUAGUCACUUCUGAUGAUGGACGGAAGGUUCCUGUGGUCCAGGCCUAUGCUUUUGGCAAAUACCUAGGCUAUUUGAAGGUUGAGUUUGAUGAAAAAGGAAAUGUUGUCACUUCACAUGGAAAUCCCAUUCUUCUCAACAGCAGCAUCCCAGAAGAUCCAAACAUAAAAGCAGACAUUAACAAAUGGCGGGUAAAAUUAGAUAACUAUUCGACCCAGGAAUUGGGGAAAACAAUUGUCUAUCUGGAUGGCACCGCUCAGUCGUGCCGCUUUCGAGAAUGCAACAUGGGCAACCUGAUUUGCGAUGCUAUGAUUAACAACAACCUGAGACACCCGGAUGAGAUGUCCUGGAACCACGUGUCCAUGUGCAUUUUAAAUGGAGGUGGCAUCCGGUCGCCCAUUGACGAGCGGAACAAUGGCACGAUUACCUGGGAGAACCUGGCUGCUGUGUUGCCCUUUGGAGGCACCUUUGACCUGAUCCAGUUAAAAGGCUCCACCCUGAAGAAGGCCUUCGAGCACAGCGUGUACCGCUACGGCCAGGCCACGGGCGAGUUUCUGCAGGUGGGAGGAAUUCACGUGGUGUACGAUAUUUCCCGAAACCCUGGGGACAGGGUCGUCAAACUAGAGGUUCUUUGCACCCAGUGUCGUGUGCCCAGUUAUGAGCCUCUCAGAAUGGAUAAGGUGUACAAGGUGAUCCUCCCAAGCUUCCUUGUCAGUGGUGGAGACGGGUUCCGGAUGAUAAAAGAUGAAAUGAUAAAACAUGACUCUGGUGACCAAGAUAUCAAUGUGGUUUCCGGAUACAUCUCAAAAAUGAAAGUGCUUUAUCCAGCAGUUGAAGGUCGGAUCCAGUUUUCUGCAGGAAGUCAUUGCUGUGAAAGUUUUUCUUUAAUAUUUCUUUCAGUUUUGGCAGUGAUCAUUAUUUUAUACCAAUAG